UGACAUUUCAAGAAAAACAUCUCAAAUUUUAAGGUUCUUCGAUCUUAAUUUUCCUGGUAGUUUUUAGAUCUAUAUUCUAUCCAUAUUAUUUAUUUCCUUUGACCAUAAAAUAUUCAUCUCAUGUAAUGUUCACAGUUUUAAGAUGUUGUCGAAAAGAUGUCUAAGAAUGCUGGAAUUGUAUAAAAAUAGGAAAAAAAGGUUCUCAGUAUGAUUUGAACUUAGCAGUUUUGAUCACAAGAUAGCUGUUGAUUUCAUCAUAAGUUUUUUGAAAUUCAAUUUGAUAACAUCUAAUUUUUUUAUAGAGGUGGGCUCAUACGAAAUAAUAAAAAUGUCUCGUGCCAAGGUAACUAGGAAAUGGGAAGUGUUUGCAGGAAGAAAUAAGUUUUAUUGUGAUGGUAGAUUGAUGACUGCUCCCCAUUCUGGUGUUUUCUUCCUUACUGUAUUUUUAAUUACAGCAACUUGUACAUUAUUUUUCAUUUUUGACUGCAGUUACUUAGCAGUAAAUGUUACUAUAGCAAUUCCUAUAAUUGGAGGAUUAUUAUUUAUAUUUACAAUGUCUUCCUUGUUGAGAACAAGUUUGUCAGAUCCUGGUAUAAUUCCUCGGGCUACACCUGAAGAAGCAGCUUAUGUUGAAAAACAAAUAGAAGUUACAAAUUCAGCCAAUAGUCCAACCUUUAGACCUCCUCCUCGAACAAAAGAAGUACUAGUCAAAGGACAAACUAUCAAGCUGAAAUACUGUUUCACUUGCAAGAUUUUCAGGCCACCAAGAGCAUCACAUUGUAGCCUCUGUGAUAACUGUGUAGAUAGAUUUGAUCAUCACUGUCCAUGGGUUGGGAACUGUGUGGGAAGAAGGAAUUAUAGAUUUUUUUAUAUGUUUAUAGUCUCUCUUGCAUUUUUAGCUGUAUUCAUGUUUGCUUGUGCAAUAGCUCAUCUAAUACUGAUUUCAAAGCAGGAAAACUACCAAUUUUUUGAAGCUGUGAAGGAAUCCCCACCUUCCAUUGUGGUUGCACUGAUGUGUUUUUUUAGCGUCUGGAGUAUUUUGGGUUUGGCUGGAUUUCACACGUAUUUAACCACCAGUAACCAGACUACCAAUGAAGACAUAAAAGGUUCAUUCACAAGUCGAAGGGGGCAAGAAAAUCCAUAUUCUCAAGGAAAUAUUUGCCUGAAUUGCUUUUACAUACUUUGUGGCCCUGUUACACCAUCUCUAAUUGAUAGGAGAGGUAUUUUGACUGAAGACAAUAAAUCAGAUCUUCCCAAGUUUGUCAAUAAGGCUCCACUUCUACCUACUAACAGUUUUCCUUUGCCUAUACUGAAUGGACCUAAUCACACCUCAUCCGAUCUGCAAGGCCAUUAUAGGCAAACAACAGAGACAACCGAUAGCAAUGCUGGUAGUAUUACUCAAUUAGUAUCCAGCGAACAACCUCUGGCCAUUACAAGAGCCUUACAAAAAACGGUGGAGACUGUUCCAAUGCAAUACACAUCACAGCCGAGUCUGCUUACGCCAAGUUCCAACUAUAACAAUGUCCAAGCACAUCCAGAAAGUAAUUUGAGUAAGUCACAUAGCUAUUCGAACAACUUGAACUCUGAUUUUAAUAAAGAGUUGGACAACGGCUGCAGAACGAAUAUUGUAGACUUACAUUUGGAUCCUAUAGUUAUAAGGACUACCAAACAUCUUAUAGUAGACAAAUUAAAGAGUUCAGAUGCGAGGUUAGAUAAUGAUCUAACUAUACAAGAUAAAGAGAAUAAUUUACUCAGCGCAAGUAGGUUGAAACUUUUACAAGAUACUACGAUGAUUGAAAGUGCAUUAGAUUUAGAUUCUUUAGAUGAUUCCAGUUUAGGAGCAAACAGUAGCCAAGCAGGCUUGAUGAAAGUCAGUGUUUGAGAUUAGGGUCACAUCAUGUUCUGGUUGUCAACUAAGGAACAUCUAUUCUUUAUUGUGCAAGUUUUAGUUUUUGAUUUAUGUAUUAUAUAAUAUUAAUAAAAACCGAUAUUUAUUGUUUAACCUAGAAUUCAUAAUUUAUUAAUUAGAAUAAUGUCCCAAUUAUCUGUACAAUAAAUAAUAUAUAUUUCAUCAUAGUAUCUGUGAAAUCUUAAAUUUAAUUUAUUUCAAAAGAACAUGAUGUUAUAUUAAUGGCACUAAUGAAACUCAGUUAUUAAAAAAAAUAUUUUAAUUUUAGGCAGUUAGUUUGAAUGAAUAAUAUAAUAAUAACUUGUCUCAUGUUAUACAUUCAAUCCUUAUGAUGAAAAUUUAUCAGUCGGAACAAUUCCUAAAAAAUAUUUUUUUUUCCUUCAACCCAGAGAUGUUUAAAGCAUAUUCCAAAUUAUACAAAAACUUCAUUUCUUUGUUAAGGUAUUUUUAUAUUGGAUACGUAUCAAAGUAUCCAUUAUUAAUUUUGGUGAUAGAUUUGCUAUUACAAAAAAUGUUAUUUUCUAGCAAGAAUCAUUAAAUUUUGUUUAAACACUCAAAAUGUUAUAAAACUUUUUAUUUCACAACUGAGUAAGGUCUGUAAAUAGAAUGCACAGUGAAUUAUAAUAACGAAACUUGAUGUGACUUGAUUGAUACUCUGAUUAAUAUGGGUGUUCAAUUUUAAUUAAGUUAAAAUAUAGUUGAAAUGUUAAAUAUAAAACAUGGUUGAUAGAAAUUCUUAUAUUUUUGUUUUCAAUAAAUAUUUUUAUACAA